AGCUCAUCUGUAGCUUUGUGGCUAGGUUGGCAGUAGGUUGUUUUCCUGAUAGCCGCCCGGGGUUCCCUCUCGUCGCCGCUGCUGAACUCCGCCACUGCAAAAUCGGUCAUUACAGCGGCACACCAGACGGACUAUAGGUUACAGAUGGACCAGCAGGACCAGUCCUAUAUGUUUGCCAGUCUGAAACGACCUCACUCAGAGCAGCUGCUGCAAGGCCUCCAGCUCUUGCGGCAGGAUCACGAACUAUGUGACAUUGUCCUGCGUGUGGGUGAUUCCAAGAUCCAUGCCCACAAAGUAGUGCUGGCGAGCAUCAGCCCUUACUUCAAGGCCAUGUUCACGGGUAACCUGUCAGAAAAGGAGACCUCUGAGGUUGAAUUCCAGUGCAUCGAUGAGACCGCCUUGCAGGCCAUCGUUGAGUAUGCCUACACUGGCACGGUGUUUAUCUCCCAGGAAACAGUGGAAUCUCUGCUACCAGCUGCUAACUUACUCCAGGUUAAGCUAGUACUUAAGGAGUGUUGCUCCUUCUUAGAGAGCCAGCUGGAUGCUGGGAACUGUAUAGGUAUCUCCCGCUUUGCAGAGACAUACGGCUGUCAUGACCUGUGCCUGGCUGCAACUAAGUUCAUCUGUGAGAACUUUGAGGAGGUUUGUCAGACGGAGGAGUUUUUUGAACUGACGAGGGCCGAGUUGGAUGAAAUUGUGUCCAAUGACUGCCUUAAGGUGGUCACGGAGGAGACUGUAUUUUACGCCCUGGAAUCGUGGAUCAAAUAUGAUGUAACUGAGAGACAGCAGCAUCUGGCCCAGCUGCUGCACUGUGUUCGCCUUCCGCUCCUCAGCGUCAAAUUUCUCACCCGCCUAUAUGAAGCCAACCACCUUAUACGAGAUGACCACGCAUGCAAGCACCUGCUCAACGAGGCCCUUAAAUAUCAUUUUAUGCCUGAGCACCGACUCUCCUAUCAGACUGUGUUGUCGGCGCGGCCCAGGUGUGCCCCAAAGGUGCUGCUUGCAGUAGGAGGCAAGGCUGGACUGUUUGCAACUUUAGAAAGCAUGGAAAUGUAUUUCCCUCAGACAGAUUCGUGGAUAGGACUGGCCCCUCUCAGUGUACCCCGAUAUGAAUUUGGAGUGGCAGUGCUGGACCACAAGGUGUAUGUGGUCGGAGGCAUCGCCACACAUAUGAGACAGGGCAUUAGCUACCGGAGACAUGAGAGCACAGUGGAGAGCUGGGACCCCGAGAGCAACACCUGGUCCUCGGUGGAGCGUAUGGCAGAGUGCCGUAGCACCCUUGGGGUGGUGGUCCUGGCUGGCGAGCUUUACGCCCUCGGAGGCUACGACGGCCAGUAUUACCUCCAGUCGGUGGAGAAAUAUGUCCCCAAGCUGAAGGAGUGGCAGCCUGUGGCACCCAUGACAAAGUCCCGCAGCUGCUUUGCCACUGCUGUGCUGGAUGGUAUGGUGUACGCUAUCGGAGGCUACGGCCCAGCCCAUAUGAACAGUGUGGAGCGAUACGACCCCAGCAAGGAUGCCUGGGAAAUGGUAGCCCCCAUGGCAGAUAAGAGGAUCAACUUUGGAGUAGGCGUCAUGCUCGGCUUCAUAUUUGUGGUGGGUGGACACAAUGGAGUGUCGCACCUGUCCAGCAUUGAGCGGUAUGAUCCACAUCAGAACCAGUGGACAGCCUGUCGGCCAAUGAAUGAACCACGCACUGGUGUGGGCUCUGCCAUUGUGGACAACUACCUCUAUGUAGUGGGAGGUCACUCAGGGUCAUCUUACCUGAACACUGUCCAGCGCUAUGACCCCAUCUCAGACAGCUGGUUGGACUCGAGUGGCAUGAUGUAUUGCCGUUGCAAUUUUGGUCUGACUGCCCUUUGACCCAUGGCCCAGCCAGCUAGGACCCACUAAGAGAACUCAGACACAAAGACGUUUCUUUUUUGUUGUCUCCUCCUCCUUCCCCACAUUCAUCCUCCAGGUGCAGAGGAGCGCUGCACACCAAUGUGAACACCAGAGGAGAGAGAGCCUGCUGGGUGGAUGGAUGUGCUGGGCUAGCUGGCUGGCUAGAGGGGGACCACAGGCAUGGCUGCAGAGACGGGGGAAAGAGCUGCAAAGCUUCAUGAAAAAGAGGAAGAUGAUUGGACGGCUGUUGUCACGGGCACGAGGAGACAACUGCUCUACUGCUGCUGGACCACAAUGAGGUCUCUGAGCCAUUUCCCAGAGGAUUGUGGGAGAAAACUUGUCACUUUUGUUUUUGUUAGCAGACAUUGCUGUUUGUUUUCCUUCAUGCCAUUAAUUGUGUUUAACACUUAAAUCUUUUUUCUUUUCUUUUUUUCUGCUGUAACUGGAACCGUGUGUUCAGGUUUUGUAGAACACAGCAGUUUGCCAGUGUAUUUGUAUGAGUAUGUGGUUGUUGGCCAUGUAGUGUGUAUGUCCGUGUGUAUGCUCGAGGGGUACAUGCAUGUCAGAUAGGGUUGUUUGUUUUGUUACGUGUCUGCGUGCAGAACUGAUGCCUGGGCUCAGCGACGCAGGAGUUCUGCAUCAAAAUCAGUGCUUCACAAAAAAGAGAAAAGUUGGAAUCUUUAUAUUUUCUCAAAAAGGGCUGCCUUUUUCUCUCGUGUAAAUAGACUAAAAGAAAUAUAUAGAUAUGAAUAUAUCCUCUAGUGCAUUGCCUGUAAAUGUUUUUCUGCACUGGGUCACUAGUGUGUGUGCGUGGAUGAGUGUGUGUUUGUGUGUUUGUGCGAAUGUGUGUGUAGUUUUAUUCCAUGGGUCAGCGUCGAGGUGAAUGAUGAAUUCUCCUGAGAGUGUUUGCCACUAGUCUCUGCUUCAUCCUUGGAGCCAUUUAAAAAAACAAAACAAAAAAAAAACAACAACCCAUGUUUUAGCUUCUGUUACAUCUUCCUAGGGUCAGGUCAUGAACUCGCUACUCUUCACAAUAGUUGAAAUCGACCUUGGCCCUCUUUUCACCCUUUGGUCUGUACACAAUACCAACUGGUGCUAUAUUUAGGAUUCAGGAUUCAGCUGUUUGUCUGUGUUGCCUCACAUAAUUAGGUCAACCUCUGUUCAGCCGCUGCUACACUACGGCGUUAGAUGUUAUUUGAUUUAAUGUGCAUUUAAAUGUGUAAAAUUUAAUGGCCCCCCAACCAUGCAAUAAAACAGUCCUGCUGAAAGGGAAGCCCGUGGUUGGACAACUGCAAACUUCAGUUUGAAAAUUAACACUAGUUCAGUUUAAAAAAAACAAAAAAAAAAAAACUUGUUUUAAUUUAAAUGAUAUCCUUGUUAGCGUUCCCCGUCCCUCAGUGUUCCUGUUGCAGGAUACGAGCAUGCUUUGUUAUUGUCUCAAUGCCUGUACAAUGUCACUCUUUAGCUAUGAACAAGACUUUUUCUGCCUGGGAUUGGGUUUGACAUCUGCUCUUUGCACUCGCCAACUCGCCACCAAACAUGUGAUCCUCAUGUGGCCAAGGUCUUGCUUGCAAGCUCAAGUUCGAGAUAAUCCGUUCAGCUUCAUGUGAAGUGCCAAAACGUUACCUUUUUAUUUCUCCCAUCUUUUCCCACCUCCAGUUCUAGUACCAGCUUCCUUCAUGUGCCACAAUUUUUAAACAUGUUCUCCUCGUUCUUAUUGCUAAUGUAUUAGCAUGACACUCUUCCAUGCUGUCAUAUGGAAAUGGAUGAUAAAGCACCAAGGGCUGUGCCCAGACCAUGUUGCCACUUUCACCAGUAUCAUGUCCUGAUAGAGACCAGCGUGUUCCCCUGGGUUUGUCUGACUCCAGGCUGGCUGAGGGUGUCACUCUCUGCAGCCUUGGGCUAGGCUAACAAACAGGUCAAGCAAUGCACAGCAAUAGUGGGGGCAAUAGGCAAGAAAAAGUUAGGUGUGUCUUGUUGAGUCACUGUUCAAGUCUAGUUUGAGUUGCUUUGUGCACUGACGUUUGCACAUAAGUGGAAACUUUAACCAAGCUCUGCAUUGCACUUACCAAACUAUUUGAUACAUAUUGUAAUUUGUACAUAUGUUUUAAUUUAGGAUAAUGGCAUUUAGAAAAUGCAAUAAAACUUCUGUUUUGUGUUUGUCUCUUUUAAAAAAAAAAAAAAAAAAAAGCCAAGGCAUCUCAUAUUGCUGUAACAGAACCCCACAUCGCAUGUCAGUUGAUUCACAAUGUUGGCUGGUAAUGUGGACUUCUAACGAAACAUCAAAUGGUACCAUUGACUUUGACUCAUCCUACCAGACAUCUUGUGUUCUCAUUUUGUCAUACAUGCUGGUUCUUUUUUACAAGGCUUUUGUUUAUUUAGGCAGUUUUAGAGGGAUUGCUCACAGUGUAGUGGCCAAAUUUGAUGUAAACACCUCCUUUUUCUUUUUUCUUAAAAGAAAAGAAAAGAAAAAAAAAGUGAACAGAAAUAACAUCAGCCGUUUUGACCACAAGGUCUUGUAAACCCUAGACAGGACAUGUGCUCUUCCACUGACUACCAUUGUACUCUAAACUUGAUGUGUGUUUGUAAAAAGAUUGUGGUUACUGUUACUACAGAGGAGAACUUUAAUGACACUUGCCUUGCUUGGUCAGGGUGUCACUGGUGAGACAUUUAGUUUGUUGCAGAUUGUUAUACAUCACUAUAUGAAGUACUUUCCAUUUUUCUGGGUUGUUUUUGGAAGUUACGAAAAAGCAACACAGGCGUAUUUCUGCAAAUUGUCAUUUUAUUUUAGAAAGAUGUGAAUGACUUUUUUUGUAUUUAUAAUUAUAAUUUGUAUUGUUUAUGUUGUGUAACCUGAUUUGCUAAUUCUGUCUAUUGUACUAGAUUUUGUUCGUCACUAAACAGCCACAGCACAAAUCACGCAGGCGUAAUUAUGUGCUGCCGCCAUGAUUCAUCUACCAUCACUGUUGUGUAUAAUGUCAUGAUUUCUGAUGUGUAUAUUAACUACUAUUUUAAUGAAUUUUGGAGAGACGCUGAUGAAAAUCUGCAAACGUGAAUCUGCAAAAAGAAGGGAUGUUAAAAUUGAGUUUGUACGCAUUUUUAUUAUGGCCUAACCAAUGUCAUGUUUUUGCCACCACUCUCACCAAAGUGCUUGUUCAAAGAAAGCAGAUGGAUGACUAACACCUGGUCUGCAAUGGACUGCCACUCUAAUGUUUGUGUCUGAAAGAAGAAAUCCUUUGAAACUGAUGUCAAUGUUAGCCAAAUGACCACUCUGCUUCUUUUACAUUUCCCAUUGUGUGUCUGGAGUAAGGUGAUGAUCUUGAAUUUUAUAUCCUGUGGAUUAAUACUGGAAGUACAAGAUAACCUUAGGUGUAGAAACAGUAGCUUUUCACAUUUUAUCAUGUUUUGAUUGAAGACAUUUUACAUACAUUUUAGUCAGUUUGUGUGGUGCAGUUGUACCCAGUUUAAAAUAAAUGCCUGCCUUAAAAGGUA